AUGAGCAGGGAGGAUCUCGGUCUUAUGGCAGUUCUAGCCCAAAGGAUAUGGCUUCGGAGGAACACAUUGGUGUUUGAGGGAACUUUUGCCCAUCCUGAUACUGUGUACAAAGAAGGGGCAAACUCAUUGAAUGAAUUCAAAAGAUGCAACGAGAAGGAAAGCAUUGAACUUUCACCAAGGGGAACGGAGCCCAUAUCUAGACCUUCUUCCUGGAUUCCACCUCCCAGUGGUAUUUUCAAAGUAAAUUGGGAUGCCUCAUUGGGUUUGAAAAAAGGAUGUAUUGGGCUUGGGGUGAAUGUUAGAGAUUGUAAUGGAGUCUGCUUGGGGGCUAGGAGUGUGACAAAGCAAAUGAAGGUAGACCCCAAGACAACUGAGGUUAUGACGGCUUUAUUUGCAAUGCAUUUCAGCAAAGAAAUGGGCUUUUUAGAUGUAAUCUUUGAAGGUGAUGCAGUUCAAGUAGUCAAAGAGAUAAAUUCUGUGCCUCCAUAUGUUUCACGAGUGGGCCAUUUUUUAGAAAAUAUCCAUCUUGAGAAGGGAUAUUUCCGGUCGGUGAGAUUUUCUUAUACUCCACGUGAAUGUAAUGCUGCAGCCCAUGUUUUAGCUAAGGAGGCCUCAAGGUAA